GCACCAUUGUACUCCGCUGUGCUCUCAGCUGGAGGAGUAAACAUACGCGCCCAAUAAAAUCCUGUUUUGUAUCGGAGAUGGCUCUGCGUGCUUGUGGCUUCAUAGUCUUUCGUCUGGCUGGUUGUGUCGCUCCACCAGACAACAUCGAGUACCUCCUCUUGCAGACCUCUUAUGGAAAACACCACUGGACCCCACCUAAAGGUCAUGUGGACCCAGGAGAGGAUGACCUCACCACAGCUCUGAGAGAGACCAAGGAGGAGGCAGGACUGGGGGCAGAGCACUUGCAGGUAAUAGAAGGCUUUGUGCAGGAGCUGCGUUAUGAGGUCAGAGGGAGGCCCAAAGAGGUGCUGUACUGGCUGGCCGAGCUGAAGGACCCGGGGACAGCGGUGACUCUGUCAGACGAGCACCAGGACUACCGCUGGUCCCGGCUGGAGGACGCCUGCACUCUGGCCGGGUACAAAGACCUGCAGGACACACUGAGAGCAGCACAAAGAUACCUGGAAGCUCGGCAGGACAAACUGUGAUGAACCAGAGUGACUGUGUGGACAGGAUGAUCAGAGCUGAGCCCUCAGUGUGACUGGAUAAUGUUGCAGUUUAAAUCCAGUUGAAAUACUUUGUCUCUAAUUGUACCGUAAUGUAAGUCUGAGAAGAUUCAAGCAGACCAGAUUAAGAAUUUGAUCUUGGUCAUGUCAUGUCAUGAAACUAAUACCAGUACUUCUUCUAAAUGUACAUAAACAAAGAAUCACAAAAAUCAAACGCCCUCUUAACACUUGAACCUCAGAGGGAGGAACAGUCAGCAUUGACCUGAACAAGAUGUUUUAAGAAGCUAAACUGAUAUUAUCUUUCUGCUGCCACUCAUAAAGAAACAUCACUAUGGCAAAAAAUAAAUUCUUCAGUCAAAUAAAAUGUGUGAAUGAAAUGAAGUUGCAAGCUGGAGUUUCUACCACUGGGUGGAGACAAACUCCAAAAAUCUUUACAACAGAGGCCCAAGUUUUUUUUCCUGCUCUCAUAAUCCAAAUUAAAGUGAGAUACUACCAUUA